AUGGGCUCUAUCCUGUACGAACACCUUGAUGAUAAUGAUCAACCGAGGCCACUCGCAGAACUGACCAACCCGAACCAGGACGAUGUAGUUGAACAGGAGAUCUUCAAGCCCAAGGAUGGCGAGCAGCACAUCAUCAACUACAAGCAGACUUUCCUCUCUCCGCCAGGUAUGGCGGACCAGAAACCCUGGUCUGACAUGGACAAGGCUCUUAGGCAGCAAGUGGACGGAAUCAUGGUGCUCAAGAUGACGUUCACGGCUGGGGAUCUGGCGCUGUUUCCACGGUUGAAGGUAAUCUGCCGCAUGGGCGUAGGCUACGACCUCCUCGACCGAGAGGCCUUGGCGAGCCGCGGCGUGGUCGUAUGCAACAUCCCAGACUACGGCACCGAAGAGAUCGCCGACCACGCCAUCGCGCUCGCACUCUCCCUCCGCCGCGGCAUCAUCGACCACCACGAGAAGCAACGCCACAACCCCCCGGCCCCCUGGCUCUACAUCGACUCCCCCCUCGUCCGCCGCCUGCGCGACAGCACCUUCGGCAUCUUGGGCUUCGGCCGCAUCGGCAUGGCCGCCGCCGUGCGCGCCAAAGCCUUCGGCUUCAAAGUCCUCUUCUACGACCCCUACGUGGCCAACGGCGUCGAGAAAUCCAUGGGCGUCGAGCGCACGCGCGACAUCACCGAUCUGUUUGCGCGCAGCACCACGCUGAGCGUGCACUGCCCGAGCACGCGCGAGACGAGGAUGAUGGUGGGGUACGACCUGUUGCGACUGAUGCCCAAGGGCUCGACAUUCGUGAAUACGGCAAGGGGAGAUAUCGUGGAUCUCGACGGGUUGGAGAGGGCGAUGCGUGAGGAUAUCAUCAGCGGCGCGGGAUUGGAUGUCGUGCCGCUGGAGCCGAUUCCGGACGAUAACGUGCACUCGCUGAUUCGGGCGUAUCGGAGGAAGGAGGAAUGGCUGGAGGGUCGGCUGGUGAUAACGCCGCACACGGCGUUUUAUAGUCCGGAGGCGUAUGAUGAAAUCAGAGUCAAGAGCGCCGAAUGUAUGCGGCGGGUGCUGAUUGGUGGGGUACGGGGGUUGAGUGGGAAUGAGAUAACACCGGAUAUGGAGUGA